UGGACAUUCGAACAAAGAAAAGAGCUAUUUGUUAGAGUUUCAUCCAUAAAUCAAGCUGGAUAAACAGUUUCAAUCAAUAUUCUUAAAUAAGAAGACCACCUAGAAAUGAAGAAAGUACCAAAGUACCAGUUGAAGCAAACCCACAUGUCCACGCCUCCUGCUGUCCUACACCUAAUACCAUAACACCACAAAUGGAUUACCAGAUUUUGAUAAGUGGGAAAAUUAUAGCUUGUGUAUCUAAAGGUGCGGACACACAAUGCAACAUCGCAUGCAACUUUCAUGAAAACUUUGGUUGUCCGACAGUUGUGUGACAUCACAGAAGUAGAAAGUACUCCUACUUCUGGGACGUCGCAAACAACAUCACACCAUGUGUCCUCAUCUUAAUGCUUUGGGGUAACACAGUUAGUUUGUUUUGCUGAUAUGUCACAUUCGACCAAAUGUGGUUAUGGAUUAGAUCCUUAACCCAUCGUCAUACUAUUGUUCUUAGUUGAGUUUGACACAACAGAAGUAUUGUUGGUGAAAUGUUCACGUUAUCAGAGGCAAUGCCAAAAGUGUUUAAUAGAAAGCAAGUAUGAUAUUGAAAUCACAGGCAUAAAGUAGGAUUACAGGAUAUCAUCAAUGAUGUUGCCGCAGCCAUCCACAUUUUAUAAAAAAAAAACUUUGUAACAAAACUUCUGUGUUUCCAAACUAAACUGAGAAGUGUAAUAUAUACUGCAAUGUCAUUUGUUCAUUAUCUACUUUGAUAGUCGAGCAACACCCAACUGUUGUUGUUUGGUUGUAGACACUUGUUUUUAUGCCAUUGGUUUGCAUUUACUCUUAAAUUGUUUUUUUGGACAGGGUGGAGGGCACUUUGUAUUGCACUAAUUUGUAUAACAGUUUGGAGAAUUCAUGUGAAUUGAAUCAUAAAACAGCAAUCAUUAUAUUUUAGCAUUUAUGCUUGUACUUCAAUUCUUGAUCAGGCUGAAAUUACUUGGAAUGAAUACUUACCUAUAUGCACCUAAAGAUGAUUUGAAGCACAGAGCAUUAUGGAAAGAUCCUUAUGAUGUAGAAGAGUGUGAAAACCUCACCCAACUCAUAAAGUGUGCCAAGGAAUAUGGAAUUACCUUCUAUUAUGCUUUGUCUCCUGGCUUAGAUAUGGUAUUCUCUGAAUCAAAGGAUUUUCUGUUGCUGAAGAAAAAGAUGGAACAGAUGCAAAAACUUGGUUGCACUGCCUUUGCAUUACUGUUUGAUGAUAUUGACCCAGCCCUUAAAGGUCCUGAUCAAAAAUCUUUUAGUAGUUUUGGAGAAGCACAAGUGAAAGUGACCAAUGAGAUAUACCAUGCUCUUAAUAAGCCAAAGUUUUUAUUUUGUCCUACAGAAUAUUGUGCCACUCGUGCAAUACCUAAUGUUGAGAGCUCUAGUUAUCUACAAACCCUUGGCCAAAACCUUGAUGGGGAAAUUAACAUACUAUGGACGGGUCCAAAGGUAAUAUCGAAUGUAAUUUCACCCCAUUCCAUCCAAACACUUUCAAGUGUCUUGAAGAGGAAGCCAGUUAUCUGGGAUAAUAUCCAUGCAAAUGAUUACGAUCAGAGAAGGAUGUUCCUAGGACCAUACUAUGGCAGGCCAACCCAGCUGUAUGAUAGUGUCAAUGGAGUUCUCACAAACCCUAACUGUGAAUUUGAAAGCAAUUUUGUAGCGGUACAUACUCUAGGUACAUGGGUAAAGUGUGCUAAGGGUCAUUUACCUGCACCUGUACCAGCUGAAGAACCAAUGAGCUUAGAUGUGGAUGCCGAGAAGCAAAGUGCUUGUAGUGAUGCUAUGGAUGAUGAUAUUGAAGCCAGUGAAAAUGAGAAAAUCGAAAAGAUGGAAUCAAAAGAUAAUGGUGUUGGGGGAGAUUUUCCAAUGGAGACUGACAGUGUGACUUCUGUGGCUAGCAGUACCACAAAGAUAACAAAUCAUGCACCAGCUUUUUACGACCCAGAGAUAGCUCUCAAUGAUGCUAUUGAUGCAUGGCUUUUAGAGUUCAAUAAAGAGAAAAGUGCUUCCUCCAAGGUGUAUGCGAAAAGUGGUCCUUAUAGCCUUGCACCAGCACCAACAAUUGUCAGGUCUCAGGCAGCUAUGUCUACUGCCACGACAACAUCAUCCUCCAAAACAGCUAAACAGAAUAGCAGGAAAGAUCGUGGAAUCAUUCCACCACCACCAGGUCCAGUACCUCCAGGAAAUUUAAUUUCCAUUAAAACAAUGGAGGAAAAUUUGAUGGAAAUUUCAGAAUCAAGAAAGGGUUCUAAUAGCCCACUUAAAGCAGAAGAUCUCUUGUUACUUGUGGAUCUGUUUUACUUGCCAUACACCCAUGGAACAAAAGCAAAGCUAAUACUCAGUGAAUUUAAGUGGUUAAAGAACAAUGCUAUCAAGGAGGAUUCUGAGGAAUUUAAAGAGCUCACUGAAGAGGAGCAAACAGCAAAAAUAAUAGAGUGGAAAGAUAGAGCUGAGAAGUUCCAUGCUUUAUGCCAGUCAGUGUCUGACAUGUUUGUGAGGUUUUCAGAAACACCAAAUCGCGCUUUACUCUAUGAUAUUUAUCCAUACAUUUGGGACGUCAAAGAAAGUGUUCUUCUUUUGGAUACUUUUGUUGUCUGGCUUAAUUCAAAGAGCAGGCUCAAAAGACAAAGGCCUCACUUCUACCCAGAAGAUCCAGAACCAUGGGUGUUUAGAGGAGGACUCUGUGGUGAUUUACAGAGGUUGUUGCCAGUCGACAGUAAUCAUGAUAUGUUUAACAUGAGUGCUCCAGAUGUCCCUACUACCUGUGUAUAUACUAUAAGACCAUUCCAGCCAGAAGACGAGAAAAACAUGUAUGAGAUCUGCCUGUCUACCUGUGAUGAUGGUCAAGAUGGACAUGAUCUCUUUGUAAAUGAACCUUCUAUGGUAGGAGAUAGAUAUGUUGGUCCAUAUAUCAAUAUUUGCCCUGAGCAUAUAUUUGUAGUAGAAGACAGUUAUGGUGUCUGUGCUUAUGCCUUAUCGACUUCAGAUUCUAAACGCUUUUACGAUCUUUACAAGAAAGAUUGGUUACCAAAGAUGCGAGAAAAAUAUCCAAAUCCAAGAGGAGAUUCAGAAAACUGGACCUAUGCAGAACAUAUAGCCAAUAGUUUUUACACUCCAAAUAUAUUCUUGACUGAAGAAUUGUAUUCAAAGCAUUCUGCUCAUGUAAAAGUAGAUAUCUUACCCAGAGCACAGAUGCACUUCCCAAUGAAACGGUUAAUAACCUGUGUCUUGUCGGCUUUAAAAGCAGAGGGAUGCAAUGGAGUUUACAGUGAGGUCAGCCUUAUGAACAGAGACUUGAUUGAGGCAUUCUGUAGAUUAGGUUUCUAUGAAAUCCAGUUGAAAGACCAGCCUCCUGAAGAUACAAUAUAUUAUGGCAGAACAUUCUAAAUGUGUACAAUACAGUCACAAGAUAAUCAAGAAGAUUUUGUAUCAUUGAUAAGCAGUAUGGAGGUGUUUUGACCAUCCAAGCAUGUUACAGGUGGCAUAUACAGGGAACUUGUAUGUCAUUAAAUUAUCAUAUCACUUGCUUGCUCACAGACUGGCUUGUUUGAGAUAGGAUGUAUGAAAUCAAUAUUACACUCUUAGGGUAGAUACAAGAAAUUUUGAGAUUAAUCAAUUGAAACACAUGGAAAAUAUGAAAAUAAAGAUAAUAAGAAAAUGGAAAAUAAAUUUAUUUCAUUUACCCAGGAAAUAUCAAUUAAUCGUCAGUAUUCUUUGAAUAAUAAUGUUCCUGAGUGAAGUACAUAGUGCAAACACCAUAUCCAUGCAGCAGUACUAUUACGGUGAUUUGUAUCAGAUAGCAUGCACUUUUUUGUACUAUUUACAAAGUAAAUUUAGUACUGUUUCAAGGAUAAAGUGUGAGCACUCUUGCAUGAACAUCAUAUUAUACAAUUAUUACAUUUAUGUACAGAAUGAAAACACUCUAAAAAAGAACAAAGAAAAAGAAAACGAGAAAUGAGAUGGAAUAUAAAAAUUAACAAAGAAUAAAGUAGAUAAUGCAAAUUUGAAAGGUAUUGACUGUUCCAUUUGUAAGGUAUUGUUUUUUGAAGGAAACAUUUGUUUUGCUCUGGUCACUAACUUUGACUAAAGUUUGUUGCCAGCUGGUAACUUAAGUUAAUAAUUCAUACCUUUUUUCCAUUUUUUCAUUCUGAAAAAAUGGCAAAAAUAUUAGUUUUGAACAAAAGAUUUAAAAAAAUAUAGAUUUUGUUCCUAAAGAGCACCUUGCUAAAAUAAUAAUUACUUAAAUUUCUGACUAACGAAAGAUGUUGAUUAGAACUUCUUUGUCUACUAAGGUGCACUGUUUUCCCAUUUCAAAUUUCGAUUUUACUUAAAUUACACACACAUGUACUGCUUGUAAGUAAAGAGAUUAUCACAUGAUAAAAGCUUGUUAUUGUUUUUAUUCACGAGCUUCCAUAUGAUAUCGUGAAAGGGCAAGUUUAUGAGCAAGUGAAGGAUAUUGUAUGGAAAUUUUUUUUAUGCCUACUGAAUUUGUUUUUUUUUAAAUUAGGAAAUUAAUUGCUCACAUUUAAUCCACCCAUCAGACCAUCCAUCUGGUCUGGAAUCAUCAUCCCAAAUUGAUUUAAGCACAAAUUGAUUUAAGCACAAACACAAACUGUUGGAUGCAUCUCUUUAUUUAAAGAUAGAAAUAUGCAACAGAUUAAUUAAAGAAUAAAUUUCAAAUUUCAAA